AUGCGUCGACGCACAUCGAACGUUGGACGCGCGAAUGAAUACGAUCGCGUCGACGCUCGGCGCGCGCGCGACGCCGAGCGCUCGGAUGAGCACACGGAGGUUUUAGAUGACGUCCGCUCGGUACCGCCGAGAGUGCGAGCGGCGCACGAGCGCUUGGAGACGUUGACGCGCGAGCACGCGGCGGACGUCGAGCGCGCGCUGGACGCGUUGCUGCGCGAGCUGGACGCGGAAAGAGACGCCGCGCUGGAUGAGAUCGAGCGGACGCGACGAGAGGUGCUCCGAGGUAAGGAUUUACUCGAGCGUGAGCGCAGGGAUUUCGACGCGCGACGAGCGAUGCAGGAGGAUGAGCUCUCCAGGGCGUUCGCCGCACUUCGGGACGAGCGGGCCGAGUUGGAGAGAGAGCGCGCUCGAGUGGAGCGUGUCGUCGUCGCCGCGGAGGCGGAAGCGCGUGUGCACGAGAGGUACGCUCGGUCGGGGUCGAUGGCGACGCGGUCGUUGUCGUACGCGGCGAGUCAGAGCCUGGGGGGGGACGUCGGCGGCGUGGAGGACUUGCUCGCGUUUGAGCGCGCGGAGGCGACGUCUUCGCGAAGCGGGAUUCAGGGCAAGUCGAAGAUCGAUGCGUGGGUGAACGAGGCGAUGGAAGAAACACCGGCGCUCGCGUCGCGGUCGAAUCCGACGUCGCGUUGGAAACGGGCGAAAGAUCGCGUGAACACGCUGACGCGCGCAGUGGAGAACGCGUCACUCACGAAAACAGCCGAGACAAACGCCGGGCUCGGCGUCGCACCUGAGACCGCUCGCGCGUCGAAUUACGAUGGCAUUGAACUUGUCGGACGAAUAUUGUCCAUCGGCGGUCUCGAGCGGGGAAGCGACAAACCGCUGAGUGACGUGGAAUGCAUGAAACCGGGAGAGUCGGACGCAAACGGGUACACCCAGUGGAAACCGUUCCCGGCGCUGAACACUCCCAGGGCGUACGCGGCGUGUUCGACGACCGCGAUCGGCGGCGCCGUCGUCAUCGGUGGUAGUGAUGGGAACGAAGCGCUCAGGAGCGUCGAGGAGUAUCGCGAGAGCGUGGGGAGGUGGAGAGUCGUCGAUGCAAUGAGCGUGCCCAGAAUCUGGUGCGGCUCAACCAUGAUCGAUGGCGUCACCUUUGCCUGCGGAGGAUACGACGGUGAGUACUACUUGCACUCCAUGGAGGCGAACAAAACGUUUGGAUCAUUCGACAUCGGCGACGCGUCGAUCGACGCGAACGGCGUCGGAUCUCAACCGUCAUCCUCGUGGGUGACGUGCGCGCCGAUGAGCGAAGGACGCGCCACGCUCGGCGUCGCCAGUCUCGGUGGAAAGUUGUUCGCCGCGGGUGGAUUCAGCGGUGCGGGUGAAAUAUUAGAUUUGUGCGAGACGUACGACCCGCGUGCAGACGCGUGGACCACAAGCGUUCCGCUCAAGCAUAAGCGUCGCGAUUUGGGAAUCGCGAGUCUAAGCGCGCGUGGAUUCCUGCUCGCCGCCGGUGGCCGCGACGAGCGAAGCGUGCUGAACCUCGUUGAGGCGUACGAUCCCCGCGAUUCAGCGCGCGGAUGGCGCGCGCUAUCCUCGAUGCAGUAUCGUCGCCAGCUUCACGCCACGGUGGUUGAUCCAUCCGGUGAUGCCGUCUUCGUGAUCGGUGGCUUCGACGGCGUGAGCGCCAUCUCCGCGGUGGAAGUGUACGAUGUGCGCGCGGACAAAUGGCGCGAGGUUGCCCCAUGCUCAUCGGCUCGUCUAGGAUGCGUCUCGUGCUGCAUCCCGUAG